UUCGACACGCAAACACUUUCACUUUUUAGUCAACGACUUCGCAAUUGUCCAACAUUCAAAUUCUCUUACAAGAAGGAUUGCCGUGAUGCGGCCGUCCUUAUGCCCCUCUGUAUAGUUGACAACAAACCGAGUGUUUUAUUCACAGUACGCAAUCUGAAUUUACGAACUCAUCGAGGAGAAAUUAGUUUUCCAGGUGGCAAGGCAGAUGCAAGUGAUCCUUCGCUCGAACAUACAGCAUUGCGAGAAACCUUUGAAGAGGUCGGCAUAGCACCGGAUUCGAUUGAUAUCUUGGGCCGAUAUUCAUCGGUACCUAACAAGACAGGCUCGCUCUGCGUCCACCCUUUCGUGGGCUUCAUACGUGAUCCGAUUGAUCCGGACGCACUAAAAUUCAAUCCAGACGAAGUAUCCACCGUAUUCACGUUGUCUCUGGAUUAUCUUCUU